AUGAAUAUCGGCUCAUGGGUUGACAUCUCUACCAUGUCUAUUGUUUUUCUUGCAAUCGGUGGAGUGAUAGCCGUUCUUAGCUUCAUAAUUCUCGCCGCUACCAUUAUGGACAUUUCAAACCGCAGGAGGCGAAAAGACGACAAGGGAACGUUUUCGUCAGAAGAGAUGGAAAGGGACAGCAUAGAUUUCGAGCUCUUGGAGAAGGAUAUUAUCGAGGUGACUGUGUCAAGGGUACCGAGCACAUCGCAGAGUAACCCACCUCAAGGCACAUAUGCUCCGCGAAUGCCAUCAAUACCGGGUCAGUGUGAAAAUUUGUCGAAAUUGGUAGCACUGCAGCUGACUUGAGAAGUGUGUGAGUGGUUUACAAGGGAUCGAUCCGUCACGAAAUCGUCGUAAUCGACCUGAUUGCCUGU